CAAACAUGCAAAGGCUCCCGCCAUCUAUAUAAGCAGUGGUAUGCGUCUCACAAGUGGGAAGAGAACCACACUGAGCCAGCCAAGAGCUUGCAGUGAGUAGCGAGAAUGGGUGGCAAAGCCGCUCUCCUGGUCGCCCUCCUGGCCGCGAGCCUGGUCUUGGAGAUCCAGGCGGACAGCGGCUACGGCGGUGGGAGCUUCCCCACCCCGACGCCGUUCACCCCGUCGCGCAAGCACCACAAGCGCAGGCCGCCACCCAAGGGGCACAAGCCACCGCCGCGCUCCCACAGCCCCCCUGGGCCCAUCGAUCCCACGCCCACGCCUCCGGCGCCAAUGCCACCACCACCAGAACCCUCGCCACCUGCGUUCACCCCGUCCCCGGAGCCGUCUCCGGCCACUACCGAGUCUGCCGCCGACGAAGAACCGGGCGCUGAAGCUGAAGAGAUCCAGGCGGGCAGUGGCUACGUCGGCGGGUACAUCUACAUCCCCAUCCCGACGCCGGUCACGGCGCUCAACAAGCACCGCAACCACAGGCCACCCAGGCGGCACAAGCCACCGCCGGGCUCCCACAGGCCCCCCGCGCCUACUCCCCCCACGCCCGCGCCUCCAACGCCACCUGAACCCUCGCCACCGACGUACACCCCGUCCCCGGAGCCGUCUCCCUCAACCACCGAGCCUGCCGCCGACGAACAACUGGUCGCCGAACAAGACAUCGUCGGCGAACAAGUCUCUCACCCCAGCGCGACUCCUCCGGCGUACGAGCCGGAGCUGCCGUCCACGCCGACCGGCCGGGCGUUCAAGCCCAACAUCUAGGGCUCCGAGUCCCUGCCCACCUGGGCCAAUCUCCCUGGAGAGUGGAGAUCGAAUAAUAAUGCAGAUUGCUGCUCCGCCCCCUUAGUUACAUACCUUAAUUGCAUAUCAUCUGUCGUACUGUUCGAGUGUUCGUCCAGUAUAAUCAUAUUAUGUGGGUAUUGUCAGUGUUGUGGUGUUACUGUAAAACCAUUCAUCACUAUGGAAAUGGGAAGUACUACAAGCUGUUGCAUGUAA